AUUCCUGUUGUGGAAGUCAUCAAAACAAAAAGCUUGUAAUCGUAAUAAAAUAUAAACGCCAAAACUGGGCAAAUAUAUUGAACAUGUGGUUUGAUCCUUCGGGCUACUAUGUGGUGGCCUUGACCACUCUGUUGUUAUGUAUUCUAAUAGCUCUUUAUUUUGCCAACUUUUUAAAGGACGAUGCCGACCUGGAGGACGAAGGCCUUGGCGCUGACGAAGUACGCUUGGAGGACGAUCCCGUGUUGAAGGCACAGAUGCAAGCGCGCCUGCAAAGCGAGAUCGAUGAUGACGAGGCGUACGAGGAAGAGCAGGAGCCGAUGAGCGAGAGCGACACGGAGCCGGGACCAGGACGGGCACCCAACUAUAGCAACCUGGUGGGCAAAUUCAAGGCCAAGCGCUACCAGCACAAGCUGGAAAAGAACCUGUCGCCCAGCCAGAUAGAAGAAGAGCGACGCAUUGAGCGCGAGCAAUUGGCGGCCAUUUUCGAGCUACUGCGCAAACAGGAGGAUGAACUGAAUCUCAAGGAUCGCAUUAGCGAUCGUGAGCUGAAGCAACAAGUUAAAUUAUAUCGUUAGACUGCUCGAUGUCGGCUUUAAUCUUACUAAAACGUGUGAUUAUAUCGCUUAUGUGUAUAGUAUCUGUUUACCGCUUAACUUACAAAAUGUGGGCUGGAGCCUUAAUGUAAACUGUUGACCCCAAAGUCCUGGCGAGUAAACCAUUUACUAUUUGUAGUCAAAGACACUUAGAUUUUAUUCCAUAUAUAUAUAUUUAUAUGA